AUGGCAAACUUCGAGGGUGGUACGGACGCGCGCUUUGGAGACGCCGUGUCCUUGUGUGAGGCCACCGCUAUCAUCACACGGUUUAGGGGACAACUAAUCACAUGUUUUGCAACCACUGGGUCAUUGAAAAUCCAAGCAAUACCGACGGAACCGUUGCACAGCAAAUACAGGAGAAGUACACACCUGGACGUGGUGCUCUUCAGCACCAAAAGGGUCUCUGGCGGACACACCCAUGGAUACCGCCACCCAGGAAGCCUACCCAACCGACUGGGCGAACGCCGACAAAAAGAUUCAACAAGAGCUUAG